AUGUCCUUGAUUCGACGUGUCUAUCAUCCUGAGGGCAUUGGCGAAACAGCACAGACUAUGGUUCGACGACCGGAUCCUGACCCCAGCACAUCGGAAGGGAAUGGAUCCGCCACAGCUCUGUUUCAAGCAAACGACCAGAAGCACACGCGUGUGGCUAAAGAGGUCGAGGGCGAUGUUCCACCAAUCAUGGACGAGGGCUCGCUAAGUGCACUAGAGUCUUGCCCCCAGAGAAAUUUACCACAGACAUGCUUUGCAAAUACAGAAGAUGAUUUUGAAGAAUAUAACCUACAUGCCAUCACGAAUGAGCCUGAUGUCACUACUAUUUUGCAUCAAAGUAGAAUUGAGCACACAAGCUGGUGCUUUGCCGAUUCUGAUUCAAUACCGGCUAUGAUUUCAAGUCCUGGAAGCGAAAUCCAACAGACCAUGUCUCUGCUCAAAGCAGAGGAGUACGAGCGCCAAAUCCUUUGUUGCCAAUUCUGCACAUCAGGUGUGGGUCUGGCAGAGUCGUUGGGCCUCUCGCCGAACCUGGUAGGCCAAGCGCCUCCCUCGCCACCGCCCGGCACCCCCAGCGACGAGAUGUCGGUCCACGAGGUGCGCAGCUCUGAGGAGCAGCUUUAUACUGUCGGACAAUAUGAACGUGUCACAACACCAUCUCCAUCACCGCCACUUUGUCGCGAUUCGCUUCAAGCUCUGCGACUUUUAUCCAGCCAAUCCAUUUUGGAUGUUGACGUACCCAUAGAGACGUCUGAGCGCACCGCGUUCACAACGCCUUCAUUCGACAUAAUCAACGAAUGGCGCAAAGCCUUUGGGGCCUUCAAAAGGUACACGCCGCCUCUAACGCCGCAGCACACGCCACCACAUCUCCGUCCUCAGCAUGAAGAGCCGCCACACAACUCUCCGCAAGUGUCGCUGUACGAGAUGCCUUAUCAUUCACAGCGCCACUCCUUUCAGCAAUCACCGUUGAUCAAAGAAGCAACGGGAGAGUCGGAGCCAGCAGGUCCGGACCCAUUCGAUGAUCUCGGCGCAAAGAACCACGCGACACCGUGGCACAAAGCUCGAUCACAUCGAGCUUGGUGCCCCUGGGGUCGGACCCGGUCAAAGUCAUCCCCAUGCGAGCGACAGCCAAUCUCAUCAUAUCCAGAAAUACACACGUGUGAGCCAUUGAGUAUGACAUGGUCACGGCACCAUGCUCAGGCAGCCAUGAGGCACGCAACGACACCCGAACAAGCGCCACGACGUGUUCGGCGUCAAGUGUCGACAGCUAUGUUUUCGCGUACAUGGAGAACAUUUCUUGAUCGAGCUAGAGGUCGAUAUAGCACAAGCGAUGCAAUAUCGAAUGCUACGUAA